GCUGCUCGGAGCGGCGGCGGCUGCGCGACCCCAUGGCGGGCCCCACAGCAAACAGGAACUCUUCAGCACAAGCAGCGUGCUUUCUACUGACAAAGAUAAAUCUGCUUCCAAAGAMAGCACCACUGAAGGGGCAUCAAAGAGGCAGGAGGGUGGAGCAGAAACACCAAAGCAGCACCUGUUGGACAUCAUUGGUAAUAUGAAAGUGGAAGUGAGCUACAAGAAGAAACUCCAACAAUUAAAAGCCAAUGAGAACACGAAGCAAGCCAUGAAUGAGCUGGAAGGCCUGGACAGUGAAGGUUCUGUGCCUCAGGGAGCUACAGAAGACACCCAACGAGGCAAGCCUUUGAAUCCAGAAUUGGUGAAGGCUGCUUCUGCAGUUGCAUCUUCCCUUCCACGCAACAAGAAACAGACAGAAUCAGAACUCCUUGCACAACUACGAAGACAUGAAGAAACCACAGAUAAACAGAAGAAGGGGGGAGCUAUUAACAUACGCAACGUUAUUUUAGAAAUGACGGUUAAAAGGCAGUCCCCAGCUCAGAGGGGUGCAAGGAUAUCCGGUGGCAUUUCCUUGCAGUUGGAUGAGGAUGGUCGAAGAAUAAGGCCUGAACGAUCAUCAGCUCAGUCUAUUGACUYCAGAAGAACUCUGAAAGUGAGAAAGAGGCUUAAUAUAUUCACUAAGGCUUCUACAGAACCAGAGCACACACUGAAAACAGUAUCUCCACCAACAAUUUGGGAUCUGGAGUUUGCAAAGGAGGUUGCAGCAGUAACUGCACAGCCGCCCCGAAAUGGUUUUGAGGAAAUGAUCCAGUGGACCAAAGAAGGAAUACUGUGGGAGUUUCCAGUUGACAAUGAAGUUGGGAUGGAGGAUGAUGCUGAGUUUCAUGAACAUAUCUUUCUAGAGAAACACCUCGAAGCCUUUCCCAAGGAAGGACCUAUUCGCCACUUCAUGGAACUAGUCAUCUGUGGGCUUUCAAAAAACCCAUACCUCAGUGUAAAGCAGAAGGUUGAACAUAUUGAGUGGUUUCAGAAGUAUUUUGAGGAAAAGAAGGAACUUCUUCAAGAGAUUUGAGACUUGGGAAGGUGCUUACCCUUGCAAUGAAGAAUUGUUAUGUUGAAAUGGGUCAUUUGUUAUGGAUGAAAAUACUGUCAGUGCAUAAUGAUCAUGUGGCCUGAAAGUUGUAUUUUAAACAUUAAACUGGAAGGUCAUCUUUUCUUACAUGCGUGUCUGUGUGUGUAGGUACUUUGACAACAAAAGAAGGAACUGAUAAGUAUGGCCUUUGCAGAAUGUGCAUUUAAAAUUUAGUUAAUCGAAACUGUUGUCUUUAAAAGCUGAAACUAAUCUUUGGACAAUACUAAAUCCUAGGUCUCAUUCCAUUUCCUACACCCUUCACAGCUGGCCUGUAGCUUGACAGGUUGGAUCAUCUCUCCUGUUCUGAAAAACUUGUAAUGCUUUCAUUUUGCUAAGUCAUGAACCACACUGGUGUUUGGAUGGUAUUGAUCCUUUCUGUCUUUCCACUGAUUAAUUUUAAAGUUUUUGGUAAUGUCUAAGUGAUUUGAAUGGUGUGCUUGUUGGUUCCUCUGCUCAGUGAAAGAUUGUAUUUCUGAGAUGUGUGCACAGCGUAACACUGGUGAGUUACAGAAAAUAACAAGGGAAUGAUGUUCAUCAGGGGUUGGUAUUGGGACUGGUGCCAACAAUAAACUUCAAGAAGGAUGUUUUAGAUUAGUUGUUAGGGAGAAGUUCUUUGCUGUGAGGGUAGUGAGACACUGGCACGGGUUACCCAGAGAAGUUGUGGAUGACCCAUCCAUGGAAGUGUUCAAGGCCAGAUUGGAGAUGUCCCUGCCCAUGGCAGAGGGAUUGGAGCUAGUUAAUCUCUAAGGUCCAUUUCAACCCCAACUGUUGUGUGAUUCGAAUGUCUCUCAUGCCAUCUGUACAUUCGUUCUGAAGCUUUUGACUAACUUCCCAUCAGCAUUGUUUUAAAAUAGGUCUGGAUGUCAAGUGAACCAUGAAGUGCUGUUUCACUAGAGCAAGCAGUUUUAUGAUGACUCAGCUUGGACCUGCGACCUUACCUCCUGCAUCUGCAGGGCUAGAAGGACUUGACAUUCCUGGCAAGGAGAGUUGUUGCCUACAGAUUACAUGAUACCAUCACUAUUUUCUGCCUAGUCCUCKGAUGCUGCUGAAGCAACUUCAUGUUUUUUUUGAUAAUCCAAUUAAAURUGUAUGGUCCUUCAAACCUA